ACGCAGCCAAAACCUCCGGUUUCCUACCAGAUCAUCAAUUCAUCAUCACCUUCACAUCACUCCGUCUACAAGCAAUACAGCCGGGUCAAAUACCCCAUUACUGUCUCUCUAUCUCUCCCUCUCCUUCGUUCUUAUGAAAUUGACGAUAACAGAUCCAACUCCACAUCUCUAAUCACAAAAAAAAAAAUGGAGGAGUACCCGGAGGAGCUACGAACACCACCAGUACCAUUAAUAACUCUGGUAGGUUGCCCGGAGCUCCAUUCUACGAUCUCCGCCCACCUCAACUCCGAUAAACCUCCGAUCAACACCCUCGCAUUGCCGGAUUUCGACAAGAUUUCCGUCUUCGCUAAACGCAAAGAUUCCGCCGAUUUGUCUUCUCCGCCAGCCGGCAUUCUCAAGCGAGACUGGUUGCUCAAACACCGCACUAAGAUCCCCGCUGUCGCCGUCGCUUUAUUCUCUUCUGAUCAUGUUUCCGGCGACCCUGCUCAGUGGCUUCAGCUCUCUACUCUUAUUGAUCACCUCAAAGCAGUUAUCCGUACGAGGAACACCAAAUUGGUUGUGGUGGUGGUGCAAUCAUCUCCUGAAGAUGAUAUGAAUGAAGAUCGUAUGGCUGCCUUACGCAAACGUGUGGAAUUGGAUUCCAAGUACAUUGUCAACUUUUCUAUGAGAGAUUCAUCUGAAGUGAAGCAGUCCCUUACUAGGUUAGGAAGUGUGUUGGCUGACUUAAUACACAUAUAUUACCGGGAAGAAGGAAGGCGUGUUAAAACACGAGUUGAAAAGAGAAAUUUCAAUUCAGCAGAAUUGGGUAUCCGUUGUUGCUUUAAGGUUGCUGUCUAUGCAGAGUUUCGUAGAGAUUGGGUUGAAGCGCUAAAGUUUUAUGAGGACGCAUAUCAUGCAUUGAGGGAGAUGGUUGGAACAUCUACCAGGUUGCCUGCAAUACAGCGCUUAGUAGAGAUAAAAACCCUUGCAGAACAAUUGCAUUUCAAGAUAUCAACUUUGUUAUUGCAUGGUGGAAAAAUUGUAGAAGCAGUUUUAUGGUUCCGUCAGCACUGUACUUCUUACAAGAAGCUUGUCGGAGCAGCAGAAGCAACUUUUCUUCACUGGGAAUGGCUAUGCAGACAGUUUUUGGUCUUUGCCGAACUACUAGAAACAAGUUCAAAAAACAUUCCAGGCUUUCCAGCCCAAGUUUUGGGCGUCAAAGAUAAGGCUCUGACUGAGUGGGAACUUCAACCAGCUUAUUACUAUCAGCUGGCAUCUCGCUACUUGAUGGAGAAGAGAUCUUGCUUGGAACUUGCUCUUUCCUUGUGGGAGGUUUUUGGUGAGAAUAAUAGUGCUGCUGAAGCAGUUAUACCUUCUGGUUAUGUUGGGCAGUUUGCACGGUUACUGGAACAAGAUCAUGAGGAAGUAGCUUUGCAACCUCUGACAGACGAGGACUUCAUUCGCUAUUCUAUCGCAGAAGGGAAGAGAUUUCAGGAUUCUUUUGAAAUCAUUGCUCUUCUGAAAAAGUCCUAUGAAGUAUAUGCCAGCUUAAAAGUUCAAAGGAUGGCAUCAUAUUGCAGUUUCCAAAUUGCUAAAGAAUACUUUUCUCUUGGUGAAAUAAAAAAUGCAAAACAAUAUUUUGAUUCUGCUGUGAAUUUAUAUAGGCAUGAGAGUUGGGCAACCUUGCUGUGGGAAAUCUUAGGUUAUUUACGUGAGUGUGCAAGUCAAGGUGGUUCUUUGAAAGAAUUUGUUGAGUAUUCCCUUGAGAUGGCUGCAUUGCCAGUAACAUCUGGAGAUUCUAACUAUAAAGAAUGUGGCCCAGCUGGUCCUCCAAGUUUCCAACAGAGGGAGAUAAUUCACAAAGAGAUUCUUGGACUUGUUACUGGAGAAUCAGAGUUUGCAUUGAAAGGUGUUGAUCAGAAUCUUAGGGUAACUAAAGAUUCUCCUCUUCAUGUUGAAGUUGAUCUUGUCAGCCCUCUUAGAGUAGUUCUUCUUGCUUCGGUUGCAUUUCAUGAGCUAGUAGUCAAGCCAGGGGCACCUACGCAAGUAACGUUGUCGCUUCUAUCGCAACUGCCUCUCCCUUUUGAGAUUGAUUCAUUAGAUGUCCAAUUCAAUCAGUCAGAAUGUAAUUUUUCCAUCCAGAACUCUCAAAAAGUUCCGUCACCUGCUAAUUUUACCAAUCAAGUGGGUUAUCGAGUAGAGACAGCUCCAGAUUUGGCACUUUCCACAAAUAAAUGGCUGAGGCUGACUUAUGAUGUUAAAUCUGAUCGAAGUGGAAAGCUUGAAUGCAUGUCCAUCAUUGUAAGAAUUGGAUCCCAUUUCACUAUCUGUUGUAGAGCUGAAAGUCCUGCCUCCAUGGAUGAUCUUCCGCUUUGGAAAUUUGAGGAGCGGCUAGAGAGUUUCCCAACCAAAGAUCCUGCUCUAGCGUUCUCUGGUCAAAAGGCAAUUCAAGUUGAAGAACCUGAUGCUCAAGUUGAUCUGAGUGUGGAUGCCGUAGGUCCUGCGUUGAUUGGUGAAAACUUCAUUGUUCCGGUUACUAUUUCCUCAAAGGGUCACUCUGUUUACUCUGGUGAGUUGAAAAUAAACCUGGUAGACACCAGAGGGGGUGGACUGGUAAGUCCAAGGGAAAUUGAGCCACAUGCAACUGAAAGUCAUCAUGUUGAGCUUCUUGGAGUUUCUGGACCAGAUGAUGAAAGUUCUCUUACAACCUCUGACAACAUUAGAAAUAUUCAGCACUCAUUUGGAUUGGUAUCCGUUCCAUUUCUAAGUAAAGGAGAGUCUUGGUCCUGUAAACUAGAAAUAAAGUGGCACAGGCCGAAGCCGAUCAUGUUGUUUGUUUCGUUGAGCUAUUCAUCUCAGGGUCAUGAUGUUAUUAAUAUGCAAAAAAUCCAUGUUCAUAAGAGCUUGCAGAUUGAAGGGCAGAAUCCUGUUUUGAUUAGCCAUCAUAUGAUGCUGCCAUUUCGACGUGAUGCGUUACUGCUUUCCAGAGUUAAGCCCGUUGAAGAUGCUGAGAAGUUGUCAACUUUGCCACUGAAUGAAACAAGUAUACUCAUUGUCAGUGCUAAAAAUUGCACCGAGGUGCCGUUAAGGGUCUUGUCAAUGACAAUUGAAAUAGAUGACAGCACCUUGGAAAACUCGUGUACCGUGCACCCAGCCAGUAAUCAAUCAAGUAUGGAUGCUGCACUACCCAAUAUAGUUGUGCCAGGAGAGGAGUACAAGAAGGUCUUUUCUGUAAUCCCUGUGGCUAAUAAUACCUCUAAUACGAGAAUUGGUACAGUGUGCCUGAGAUGGAUGAGAGAUACAGGGCUUCUGAAACAAGGAAUUUCUGGGGUUCUGACAAAACAUAAACUUCCUGAUGUAGAAGUAGAACAAUCUCCACUGAUUGUGAGCUUGAAAUGUCCACCUCAUGCUGUACUUGGAGAUCCCUUCACCUUCUUCAUCAUAGUUCAGAAUCACACAGAAUUGCUUCAAGAGAUAAAGUAUUCAUUACUGGAUUCACAAAGUUUUGUUUCAUCUGGGUCCCAUAAUGACAUGAUCUUUGUCUUGCCCAAAUCUGAACAUGUUUUGAGUUACAAGCUGGUUCCAUUGGCCUCUGGUGCGCAGCAGUUGCCCAGAGUUACUGUGACUUCUUCGAGAUAUUCAGCUUCAUUCCAACCUUCGGUCGCUGCCUCUACUAUUUUUGUGUUCCCUGUAAAGCCUCAGUUUGAGAUGAAUGCUGUGGAAAAUAGCGCUGAACCUAUGAUGCUUGCAGCUGGAUAGAUUUUGUUUCCAUCAUACAAGUUUUAACAUUUUUUAAAAAAAACUUUGGAUUCAUCAGUUCACAUUGUCAGUUUUGAGUAUUCUUUUUCAUCUUUGGCAAAUAUAGUCUUCAUAUUCAUUCC